AUGUCUAUAAAAUCUCAGAAGUCGUUGAAUGACGAGUGUUCUGAAAUAAUUGAAAAGAGUUAUUCGGUUAGAAGUGCGUCAGAAGAAAGCCUGUCAUGUGAAGACGAGGUCGAAGGUUUGGCUCGUGAGCUGAUGAGGAAGAUGACGCCAGCCGUGCUGAGCAAGCUGAGGAGGGUGUUCAGGAAGAACAAGGACAAGAACCAUUCAAGGGAUAUUGACAGAAAAGUGGAGGAGGUGAUGAAAGCGGCUGCAGCCGAGGAAGGAAUACAGUUUGCGACCUCCGCUCCCCAGCCGGAGGACACGCUCUGGCUUGACGAAAACGGAUUCGUGAGCGCAAUCGACACCAUUUUUGGUCAUCAUAAAUACAAUACGCAUGCGCACAAACUAUUUCAACUCCUCGAUGCAUUCAACACCGGCAAGAUAUGGUGGCGGCAGCUCAUCAACCGGCUCGUCAUGGUCGGAGCCAAGAAAACCAGCUCCAGGGCUGAAGUAUGGAAACCGGCUAAGGAGAAGCAAACGAGAAGAAUGGAGCACUGUAAAAGGGAAACUAUAGUGAAAUUAAUUAGCGUGGAAAGGGAAGACUCCUUCUGUUACGUAUCUGUUUCGAGGGGUGGCAGGAUUGGCGUUUACAGCGGACAUUUACAACUUAUGAACUCAUACGAGGUGUUCUAUCACAGAACAGGUGUACGGAGACGAAUUAAAAAUUGUUGGAUAACUGACGCUGUGUAUUUGAAUGAUGUCCAGAGUCUCAUCCUGUCAGCAUCAGACCGCAGCCUCAUGGUAUACGAUGCAACCACACUGACGCACACUCCAGUAUAUUGCAUCACUGGUAUACCAAAUAUACCUACGUGCCUAGCGUACACUUCUUCGUCAGCUAUGGGCGACGGUUCAGAACUGGUGUUCGGUACCGAGCGUGGUGACUUGACCAGGAUCCAGUUCCUGCAGCCAAGGGUCUCGUUGUUCUAUUGUAAAACGCCUGAAAACAUUAACUAUUACUUUUGGAUGGAGCUCCCGUCUCCUCCUCACACGCCGUACUGUAGUAUAACGACAUGGCGUCGAGUACACUCCCGUAGCGUACGACGCGUGACAUACACCAGGAAUGGUGAUAUCGUAAUGUCCUGCUCACACGACUCUAGUGUGAGCGUGAGAGCAAGACAUGUCCCAGGGAAGCUGGAUGAUUAUACCUUCAAGGUCCAAAGGGGUGUGACCUGCUUCCACGUAGUAUCAUCACUGCAUUUGCUCGUGACCGGGAGUUGUGAUGGUAUUGUGCGGUUGUGGGAGACCACACAAUCGACACCAUACUCCACCCUGGCGACACCGACAGCGGCUGCCGUGCUGGAUGUAGCCGUGGUCGCUUCAGAGGAGAUUGUUUUGGCGUACUGUAACAAUUGUACCAUCCACAUUUGGGACAUGUACGAGGAGUGUCUAUUGCAAUCCAUCAAGUUGAAAUACCCUUUCCUCGGUGUGCUCGGGAAGAAGGUUGAGUUUGGAGCAUUCUGUAUUCAUCCUGAUCCGUCAGUAUUCUAUGAAUAUGACGAUAUCUCGACUGAAUCAAAAGCUUUCUCAUAG